GGUGUGAAGUCGUGCUAUUUCUUGUGCUGUACUGCCCGUGUGGCAAGCGGAAGAGGUGAACAGGGUGAGGGGGAGGGAAGAGAAACAGAGAGAGAGAGAAACAGAGAGAGAGAGGAAGGGUGCGGGACGCACUCCAUCUACAGUCUCGCUUCAGCCUCGCCACGCCGGACCCCGUCAUCCGUGGAGCGCCCGCUACGCAUCUCCCAGGAGCUAUCCGUUCCCUUUCACUCUCCUCGUCGGGUUUCACGCUGACCGGCAUGGGUCCGGUGUGCUGAAAGGCGCGAGAGGUGUGUUGCCGAACCGUUAGCAGUUUUUGAGUCCGUAGGCGCACGAGCGCGGACGAACGCACUCACGCACGCACGCACGCACGGGAGAGACCCGUGAGAACUACGCUCCGGCUGAAGACAGAAUAAUGAUGGAGUACUGGAGGCAGUGCGCGCUGUGGCUGAUCAACUGCAAGGUGCUCCCGGCGAACCACAGGGUGACAUGGGAGUCAGCGCAGGUAUUCGACCUGGCUCAGACCCUCCGGGAUGGAGUCCUCCUGUGCCAUCUGCUCAACAACCUGAAGCCCCAGUGCAUCAACCUGAAGGAGAUCAACCUCCGGCCGCAAAUGUCACAGUUCCUGUGCCUGAAGAAUAUCCGGACGUUCCUGGCGGCGUGCAGCGACUCUUUCGGAAUGAAGAAGAGCGAACUGUUCGACGCCUUUGACCUUUUUGAUGUCAGGAACUUUGCCAAGGUUAUGAACACGCUGUCCAAGCUUUCCCACACGAACAUUGCACUACAAACAGGAGUCAGACAUUUUCCCACAGAGCAGCGCGUGGAAGACGAGGACAUCUACAACCACCUGGAGGACCUGAUCGAUGAGAAUGGCGUGGAGGACGAGGAGGACCUGUACGCCUGCGUGUACGAGGACGAAGAAGGCGGCGAGAUCUACGAGGACCUGAUGAAGACGGAAGCCAUCCCUCCUCCGGCGUUCCAGAAGCAGGCAGAGAUUGACAUCAGGAGUUGCUGCUUAACAGAGAUCAAGCAGACGGAGGAGAAAUACACCGAGACCCUGGAGUCUAUAGAGAAGCACUUUAUGAUGCCCCUCACCAUGUUUUUCUCCACGGUCGAGAUGGAGAAGGUGUUUGUGAAUAUUCCGGAACUGGUUAAGGUUCACAAGGCUUUAUUGCUGGAAAUCCAAGAGUCGAUCCUCCAGAAAAGUUCCCAGAACCUUUACCAGAUCUUCAUAAGUUUUAAAGAAAGGUUGUUGAUCUACGGGAAAUACUGCAGUCACGUGGAGACGGCCAUCACCACCCUGGACGACAUCUGCAAAAACAGAGAGGACGUGCGCAUGAAGCUGGAGGAAUGUUCUAAACGAGCCAAUUAUGGCAAGUUCACCUUGAGAGACCUGCUUGUGGUCCCCAUGCAGCGGGUGUUGAAGUAUCAUCUCCUUUUGCAGGAACUGGUAAAACACACCCAUGACGCCUCUGAAAAAAGUAAUCUUCGGACAGCGCUGGAUGCGAUGAAGGAUUUGGCACAGUACGUCAACGAAGUCAAACGGGACAAUGAGACGUUGCGAGAAAUAGAGCAGUAUCAGAGAUCCAUUGAAAACCUGAACCAACCUCUGAGCAACUACGGGAGACCCAAAGGCGAUGGGGAGGUGCGGGUGACCUCAGUGGACAAACGAGCUAAGCAGGACAGGCACAUCUUCCUGUUCGACGCCGCCGUGAUCGUUUGCAAGCGCCGAGGGGACAACUACGAGAUGAAAGAAGUGAUUGACCUGCACCUCUUCAAGAUCACCAACAACCCGACAUCCGACAAGGAGAACAGGAAGUGGUCCUACGGAUUCUACCUCACUCACAACCAAGGCCAGAACGGCUUUGAGUUUUUCUUCAAGACCAAAGAGCUGAAAAAGAAGUGGCUGGAGCAGUUCGGCAUGGCCAUAUCAAACAUCCGACCUGAGAACGCAACCAACAAUUUCCACGAGUUCCGGAUGCACACCUUUGAGAGAAUCACCUCCUGCAACUCUUGCCACAUGCUACUGAGGGGCGUCUUUUACCAGGGCUACCUCUGCUCCAAGUGUGGCUUAGGUGCCCAUAAAGAAUGCCUGGGACGCUUUGGCUGCUGCGGAAAAACAGAUUCCGGCUCCGUCAGAACUCAGAGCAAACAUCGAGAUCCAGGUCUGCCCAAGAUGCUGGUCAUCAGGAACUACUUUGGCGUGCCGAGUCCUGCCUCUGGUCCGGCACUCACCAUCCAGACAGGAGACAUCAUCGAGUUACUAUGCGCCGACCUGCACAGCCCAUGGUGGCAGGGCCGGAUCCUGUCGACGAAAGAGGCCGGCUUCUUCCCCAGCGACGCCGUGCGGCCGUGUCCGUGUGUACCGAAGCCUGUCGAUUACUCCUCACAGCUAUGGUUUGCAGGUCCAAUAGAGAGAUUUCAGGCAGAAGCAGAACUCAUCAACAGGGUCAACAGCACCUAUCUGGUCCGCCAUCGCAGCAAAGAGUUCACGGAGUACGCCAUCAGCAUCAAGUACAACAACGACGUGAAGCACAUAAAGAUCCUGACCAAGGAGGGCUGCUACUACAUUGCAGAGAACAAGAAGUUCAGGAGCAUAUUAGAGCUGAUCGAGUACUACAAACACCACUCUCUGAGAGAAGGCUUUAAGAGUCUGGACACCACCCUGCAGUUCCCCUACCGGGAACCGGAGAACGCGGCUGUGCACCGCUUCAACCGAUCGGGCAGCAACACUCCAUUGCUCUGCGGCCUCUCUCUCGUAACUCCUGCCGGCUACAGCUUUGUGCCUCCUUCCUCUGCUCCCUUCUGGUCAGUGCUGACGCCCAAAGUGAUCGGUGUGGCCAUCGCGCGGUACGACUUCAGCUCCAGAGACACCCGGGAGCUGUCGUUGCAGGAGGGCGACGUGGUGAGGAUCUACACCAAGUCCGGAGCCAACGGCUGGUGGCGGGGCGAGGUCAACGGCCGGGUCGGUUGGUUUCCGUCUACGUACGUGGAGGAGGGCGAGGAGUGAUCCGACCGACGAGCUGGAUUGGGAAAAGAGAGAAAGAGAAGACUGAGCGGCGCGGCCGCUCGACUCUCCUACAUGACUGCCUCAAACCGCCCCAGCGGCCUUCGGCUCAGAAAAGGCUACAGUGAGCUGCGGACGCAAACAAGCCCCAUCAUUUGUGCGCGGCGUGGCAGAACAGCCUGACCGUCGAGGGGAAACGAGCUCGGCUCAUGUUCCCUCUCUCCAACUGUUCAUCCGUCACUUGGUUUCUUCCCCACCAGCCUGCCGCCAUCCGCCCGCCUCAGCUCCCUCCUCCCACAAGCAAAGACUCGGACGCCAUCAACUACAGGCUCUCUAAUGAGUCCCUCUAUGUGAGGUUUUGCUUUUUUAUUUUAUUUUCUGGUUUGGCUUUUAUUUCACUCUAGAUGGAUUCCAGCCAGUUAUGACCUUGCUCAUGUGUUCGCUCUACAAACGCGGGCCGUUAUUGACGACUCGGAUUCAUUCGCGCACUCCUCCCUCCUUCAGACUGCGAUCGCGGCGUCGUCGAGCAGAGAGCUGCAGGAACGGCGGGGCGCGAGCGGAGGUGGGCGGUGGCGGCCACGGUGUUGGAUAGAGUCACCACACCGCUGCCGGCGAUCGAUCCCAUUUUCUUCACGCUUUAUCGGCGAGCCGGGCCUCUCGUGUUGUUCGGCGUCCCGGCCGUGAACGAUCCACCUGCUCCUAUCGAGGGCGGCUUCUGUCAACAGGACAUUAGCGGCCCGUCCGCAGGAGGCAGCCGAGCCGCCUGGUAGGGCCGCGCCUACGAAUGGUUUCUUCAACUUCGACCUCGCCAGGGGCGACGGCUGACUCGCUGUCCGCUGGCUGCCAAAGGUGUUCACACCUCUUGAACUUCUCCACAUUUUUGAGACGUCGCAAACAAAGUUAUAAACUUUUUUUUCCCCAUUUACUCUGAAAUCCCUCAAUAAAAUUGCAGGUCCUUAUCUUGAGUUGGUUCCACUAACUCACAUGAAAGACUUUUGAAGACCAAGUUUUAAAUUUAAGUCCUUUAUCUUGACAAAAAUGUAAAAAAAAAUAACAUAUUUCUACAUUAUAUAUUAGUGGUAUAUUCUAUUAUUCAUAUUUUAUAUAGUGAUAAUAUCUAACUUUUUUUUUUUGCACAGAAUGAAUGUAGCAUUGUGUCAGAAGUGAGCUGGUGGCAAAGAUGGAUGUUGGCAACAAAUUUACUCUCCAACCCAAUAGACACAAAAGAAAGCUAGCUGGCUAGCUGAGGCAAAUUAGCAGCUAGUUAGCGGUAGCCUCAACCGCCUGGACUCAGAACCCAAUGAAGACGUCUCAGGGCGACUCAAACUGAAAAGUCAGACAAAAAAAUCAACUGCAUACAAUACACCUUUUUAAAAAAUAGUUUUAUUUUAUUGCCAACUUACAUUUUUUUCCAAAAAGUUUAAAACAUUUUAAGGCCUUAAUUUCAAAAAGUCUUACCAGCAAGACUUUUUAAGGAUGCGUGGAAAUCCUGCUUUAGAGUUUUAUGUUGAACUUUACAUGUGGAGUAGUUCAAUGGGUGUGGAUGUUUUUCCACGAAUGACCAAUCACGAGCCGGUCAAACUUAUUGAUUUUUAAAAAUUUUAUUGGUAUUGUUUUUAGUGCAUCUUUCCCUGACAUAUUUGGAUCUUUGCGCUCUGCCUCUGUAACGGCCCACCACACCAGAGGCUGAACGUGUAGACGUAGGAAAGUACGUUUGAAGAUGAAGUUUUGGAGCUCAGAUUGAAAUUUAACCGAGAUCAAGGCAGCUGUCACAUUUGAAAAUCAGCCCCGAGGCGGUUCCUUCACUCCUCGCCUCCCGCCCAACCCCCCUCCCUCCACCCCACUGUCACAUCUUCAUUGUGUCGACGUCAACCCGCAUUGUGCCGUGGUGUCGGUUAAUGGUUUCCAUUGUGACUGUCUUGUGGACGUAAUGGGUCCAUUACGUGUGUAAGUCAUGAGUUACACCCUGCCAAGUCUGACACUCGCCGCUUUUAUCAUGUUUUCUUUUCUUUUCUUUUUUUUUUUCUCUCUGUCAAGAACGAGUCGCAUUAAUGAGUCCUUCUUUUUUUAAUGGGUUUCAAAUCAACAAUUUCAACAAGUGACCACCAGAUGGAAGCAUACUAAACACAACUCUGGAGAUGACAUCAUUUGAUUAGGAGGAGGAGGAAACUGUAGAGGCAAAAAAUAAAUAAAAGAUAGAAGGUUUCUCAGUAAAUCAUAGUUCUGUUUUGGCUUAAAAUUUAAUUUAUGAAUUUCUGCUAUGUUGAUUAUUAAACCUGGAAAUCUUCCUCUAGUAAUAUCGCCAGGAAAACUACUGGAGACCUUCCUCAUGUACAUAGAUCACACCUUCCUUUUAAAAAAGUCAAAAUAAAAAACGGAGCCGGUUCUCUGAUCACAGACUCCAGUAAUCCACUCCAGCUCUUCCUCCUCCUCUUCCUCGGCCUAGUUGACCUCUGACAGCAGGGCAAUUUAAAGCU